CGCUCUCUCUCGCGCGCUCUGAUCAGCACAGGCACAGAAGACCUGUUCAGAAGCACCAAGACAGCAGCAGCAGCAGCACGACUCAGGCUUGGAAGGAACGGACUCGGUCACAUCUCCUCACUAGAGCUGCUGCUGCUUGCAAGAUUGCUUUUUACUCCCUUUUAGUAACAGCGUUGAAUUGUCCCCCCUCUCUCCUUCAAAGAAACAGGGCACUGGCAGGAAUGCAGUAUCCGCACUCUGAUUUUUUUUCGCCAGGAAUACUUUCGGAUACGGGAUUCGUUUGCAUAUCCAAACACUCUUACUGCAAGUAGUUCAAUAAUAUUGCUUCUUCUUUUUUUUUCUCCCCUUCAUCACUUUGGAUUGUGAUGUACUGCCCUGAUUGUGUCGGUAUCUGGGAGGUGAAAGGAGGGAUCGAGUUGGAGAGACUUACAGAUUAGCACAUACUGUACUGCUGUGGAUCACAGACGGCAAGGAAGGGGAAGUGAAUCUCUUUCGUCUGUUCACAUCUGUGAGAAAAUCCCCGUUUUCAUCACAUCGUCACUGUUUUUUUUUCUUACAUCUGGAAGGUGCUUAGGGAGAAUCAUACCGAAGCGCCAUUAAAAGAAGAUUGCACCUUACCGUGAUACCCUCACCCUAAAGAAAAGGAUAUUUUGAUUGCAUCUCUGCCUUCGGCUUUUGUUUUACUGUAAUUCUGUAUAUAUAUAUUUUUUAUUUACAGUUGGGUGUAGGAUCCACCAUAAACGCGCAAAAUAGGAACAGUUUGCAAUGCCAGGGCAGUGAAAGGGUGCAUCUAUUCCGUCGCCCUGUUCAGAUAGCAUGGCUUCAUCCCAGAGGAAAUGCAGCUUGGAGAUGAUUGUGGUGUCGGGAUGCAUGCUUCUGUUUAUCUUGGGAUUCCGACCUGUUUUUGCACGAGGUUGCAAUGACAACGCUGGGCACAAUUUGGACAAUGCGUGGUAUGCUAAAGACGGCAAAGAGUUGCCCAUCAUGGUCUUGAUGCCGAUGAAUGAAUCAGCGCUUAUGAGCAGUAUCAGUCAAGGGAUCGACCCCGCUGUUCAGCUUGCCAUUCAGCAUACGAAAGAGUCCGGGAAUUAUUCUUUCUCUUUGAUCCCCAAAAUCUACGACACUGAGUGUGACAAUGCCAAGGGAUUGAGGGCGUUCUUUGAUGCCAUAUGCUUUGGUCCAAAACAUUUAAUGAUCUUUGGGGGAGUUUGUCCAUCAGUGACGUCGAUUAUCGCUGAGUCACUGGGAGGCUGGAACCUUGUGCAGCUUUCCUUUGCGGCAACAACACCAGUUCUUGCUGACAAGAAAAAGUAUCCCAACUUCUUUCGGACAGUCCCAUCAGACAAUGCAGUGAAUCCAGCUGUGAUUAAAUUCCUCAACCAUUUUAAUUGGAGCAGAGUGGGUACCCUGACCCAGGAUGUACAGAGGUUCUCUGAGGUGAGAAAUGAUCUGACCAAUGAGCUGGAAAAGGCUGAUAUUCAAAUUGCAGAUACAGAGAGUUUCUCCAAUGAUCCCUGCAUCAAUGUGAAAAAGUUGAAGGAUAAUGACGUACGGAUAAUUAUUGGACAAUUUGAUGAGACCCUGGCAUCCAAAGUAUUUUGCUGUGCCUACAACUUGAACAUGUUUGGCAGUAAGUACCAGUGGAUCAUUCCAGGCUGGUACCAGGGGAAUUGGUGGGAACAGGCCAAUUCCACAAACUGCACAACGAAGAAGCUGCUCACUGCCAUGGAGGGGUACAUCAGCGUGGACUUUUUGCCUCUCAGUACCAAACAGGUCAAAGGAAUUUCUCAGAGGACACCGCAGGAGUAUGAGAGGGAAUACAACAAGCGACGACUACAAAAAGGCGUGGAGUCCAGUAAAUUUCAUGGAUAUGCUUACGACGGUAUUUGGGUGAUUGCCAAUACUCUGAAAAGGGUCAUGGAAAUUCUGAAACAGAAAGAGAAAUUCAACAGAUACCGGAACUUUACAGCAGAUGAUAAGGAGGUUGGCAAAAUAGUUCUGGACAUCAUGAAUGAGACUAACUUUUUUGGGGUAACGGGUCAGGUCAUGUUCAGAAAUGGGGAGCGGAUGGGCACAAUCAAAUUUACUCAGUUUCAAGAAGGCAAAGAAGUGAAGGUUGGAGAAUAUAAUGCAAUAGCUGAUGUUCUAGAACUCAUCAACAACACCAUCAGGUUUCAAGGAGUGGAGCCACCCAAAGACCGGACAUUUGUCCGACUCCAGAGGAGGCACAUAAACCUGCCUCUUUACAGCAUCCUAUCAGCGAUCACCAUCCUGGGCAUGUUCAUGGCCAGCGCUUUUCUUUUCUUUAACAUCAAGAAUCGCAACCAGAAGCUAAUAAAGAUGUCCAGUCCAUACAUGAACAACCUGAUUAUCCUUGGAGGGAUGCUGUCUUAUGCCUCUAUAUUUCUCUUUGGUCUUGAUGGGUCCUUUGUCUCUGACAAAGUAUUUGAAACCCUGUGCACAGUCAGGACAUGGAUUCUUACGGUGGGAUAUACAACAGCAUUUGGAGCUAUGUUUGCAAAAACUUGGAGAGUCCAUGCUAUUUUUAAGAAUGUGAAGAUGAAGAAAAAGAUUAUUAAAGACCAGAAGCUGCUGAUAAUAGUCGGUGGGAUGCUGCUAAUUGAUCUCUGCAUCUUAAUUUGCUGGCAGAUAGUGGAUCCCCUAAAAAGGACAGUGGAAGAGUACAACUUGGAGGCAGAUCCUCAGGGACGAGAUAUUGCAAUCCGUCCAUUCCUGGAACACUGUGAAAACACUCAUAUGACCAUCUGGCUUGGAAUCGUCUAUGCCUAUAAAGGGCUACUCAUGUUAUUUGGGUGUUUUUUGGCCUGGGAGACGAGAAAUGUAAGCAUCCCUGCCUUGAACGACAGCAAGUACAUCGGAAUGAGUGUAUACAACGUGGGAAUCAUGUGUAUCAUCGGAGCAGCAGUCUCAUUCCUGACGCGUGACCAACCCAAUGUGCAGUUCUGCAUAGUGGCUCUUGUCAUCAUCUUCUGCAGUACUAUUACGCUGUGCUUAGUGUUUGUGCCAAAACUAAUAACAUUGCGGACAAAUCCAGAUGCUGCCACUCAGAACAGGAGGUUCCAGUUUACCCAGAACCAGAAGAAAGAGGAUUCAAAGACUUCGACUUCUGUUACCAGUGUCAACCAGGCCAACACAUCUCGGUUAGAUGGACUGCAAACAGACAACCACCGGUUAAGGAUGAGGAUAACAGAGCUUGACAAGGAGCUGGAGGAGGUAACCAUGCAGCUACAGGACACGCCAGAAAAGACGCCCUACAUCAAGCAGAACCACUAUCAAGAUAUCAACAACAUUCUCAGCAUACGUAACUACACAGAUGGAAAAGAAGGGGACAAAUCCAUCUUGAAAAAUCACCAUGAACAGAAGCCACAAGCACAGUGGGGCUCCGUGGAUCCUUCCAGAACAAACAAAGGUCCUUUAGAAGACAUCAAUUCACCAGAACACAUACAACGUCGACUGUCCUUGCAGCUGCCCAUUUUGCACCAUGCCUACUUGCCCUCCAUAGGAGGGGUGGAUGCCAGCUGUGCCAGUCCUUCUGUGAGCCCAAGUGCCAGUCCCCGGCACAGACAUGUGCCGCCAUCCUACAGGGUCAUGGUCUCUGGCCUGUGAACCACAGCAGGGCAAGAAAACGAGGAAGAAGCUACCUGUCGUUAUUGGACUGAUAUUGUAGUCAGCAAAAAAGGGACUGUGUACACGACCCAGUACUCUCAACUCAACACAUGCUCCAAUCACUGAGGGACUGACAUCAAGGGCCAGCAGCCACAGGGGGUCCUGACCCACAGUCUCCUGACAAACUGCAGCGGGGGAGGGGGAAGAGGACCCAUCCUGACCUGUAGCCUUAUCUGCUUAAAGGUUUUUUUUAUGUUUGUUUCCUUUGUCAUAUACUUGGCCAUGUGUGAACUUGUCAAACUUGAGUAUUUUACUAAAUGCUAAAUGCCUGGAGUUUUGUUAAGGAAGCAGAAAGAGGACGGAUUCCAGACCUGAAAUAUGGGUGACAGAAGCCACGGUGGAAUCUGUAAAUAGCAGACCUAGUCUACUUACUGUGGGUACACUAAAAAAUUGGCACUAUUGUGGGGCUAACAAUCAGAUAUUCAGAUCCUAAAAGCUGAAAGUGAAGACCUUAUGUAAUUAAUUUGUGUGAUACUGUAUAUACAGUGACUGAAGCUGAUCAGGUUCUAUUAAGGCAUACAAAAAGCAUUGGCUCAUGGUAUGUAAUGAUUGUGAAAUUGAACGGUAUCUCACACGCUUGAAAUAAUCGGGACUUCUGAAUCCACAGUUAUUGCAGCUUCUGCACGUCAAACUCUAAUCAAGGGUCAAUUCUUGUGUCAUCUGCUGUAAUACAGUAUGCACAAACUGUUUUCCACGUUUCUGUGAUUGUGCCACCCUCACCCCCCCCUCCCAAUAAAAACAUAAAAAACAAAGCAUUCUUAUAGGAACCUCAGGUAGUCGUGGAGAUCCUAUAGUAAGGUCAUUUCUGCUUUCAUGUAUGGGGGAAAAAAACUGUGACUAGCUUUCUUGUCAAACUAUUCCUGAAGAGCAGCAAAUACUGCAGUCUCCACCACAAGUCUACCAGAAAUACCACAUUCAUUUUAUUAAAUGACAAAGAAACACUGAAGUCCACGAGGAGGAUAUAUAUAUACAUAUGUUUGUGUGUCUGUGCAUAUAUAUAUACACACACAAAUACCACUUCUGUAUGCAUUACUGCCAAUCAGAGGUUCACUUAAAGUGACUCUUGCUGAAAUACAGACUGAAGACAGUCUUCCGAAACAGAACAAACGCCAGGUCUCCAAGUUGCUUGAGAUGAGCAGCUAGCAUAAAUGUAGUUGUGUGGCCAAGGGCACAUUUGCAUUCACAAUUCACAUACCUCUUUUCUAAAGUGUAAAACUCUGUGGAUGAAUAGUUUCUACAGAGAUGAGACUGAGUUGGUCCCAGAGCUCCUGUUUCUCACCGCUUUUGUGUUGGGUGUAUAAAGCGUACGAGAAACAAACAAGGUUAAAAGUUGGGUGUAUGGGCGUUACAUCUCAAAAUUUGCCAAUAUCCCUCCCCCCCCUCCCCAGUACCAUUCGAGAUGCUUAAAGCAAUCAAGAAAUAAAUACCCCCCAACAUUUCUGUAUGUUUCAGACUACAUGCAAGUGUCUAAUCUUGUUGAAAGUAUUGAUUUAACACGUGAAGGGAAAAUUGAGUGUUCACUAACUAGUGCUGCUCAUAUCUCUCAUUUACUGUAAAACUAUUCUAUUCUGUGAAGUGAAAACCAACAAUACAGUACAUAUGUUUAGGUUGAUAUAUUAUUCAAUCACUUUUUUCGCUACAUUUUUUUUCUUGCCUUUGCUGUCUUGGAUUUAGUGUAGAACAAACUUUCAGCAUUUCAAUAACAAAAAAAAUACAUUUUAACAAUUCCUGUCGUGUUGAAAGCAAUGUCUGUUUGCCAGUGACCCCAAAUUUCAAUUCAGCUAUCAGGAAAUAACAGCAUUGCAAGAUUAUUUGUGUAGUACAACAUAUAUUACAAUCUGGUCAAUUUUGUUUUCUUUUUUUCGUGUAUGUUUACUGGUGGUUUGGUGUUGAUACAAAUAUCUAUUAAGAACAAAACAUCUUUCUGUACUGAAUUUCUAAAUAUUUCUUAAAAUUAAAUGUAAACGACCAAUGUCGCAUACCAGUAGGACAAACAUUUGUGAGUAAUCAAGUGCCUGUUUUUGAGCCAAUAAGUUAAAACAUCAUGAGCAUUAUAAUAAUAUUAGUAGUUAAGAAAAAGUGACAAUAUACAGUAUACUUAGCUAAUGUUAUGAGAGAAUUUUCUUUGCACCCUGGGGAAGAUCAUCAAAAUUGCUGGUUCUGCACAAAAGCAAGGGCAUAUAUCCAACAGGUAACUUCAAAUCUCAUGUAUUUAAGGGAAAAUAUUUUUUCUAAAUAAUUAUGUUUUUGAAGAAAAAGACAAAAAAUUAAGCUAUAAAUGUUCUUCCCAGACCCUCAUGACUAAAAUAUGCUACAUUCAAGUGCUUCUACAAAAACCUCCACGCAAAAUGAUUAAAGACAAAGAAACACUGUUUUUCAUGCUUCUAACAUAUAAAGUUAUAUAAAAUCUUCUUCAAAGAUGUUCUGUUGUUGAUGCAUUUUGAGCUUUAUGACACCUACAUGCUUUACCAAGGAAUAAAAGAUGGAUCUGACUGAACAGAUUCAGAAAAUAAAUAUAAUUUUGUUUAUUAUUCCAACAUUUCUGGAAACGAGAGAAAGCAGAAGGUUUUGAAUAUCUCAAAUCAAGGUGAUUUAUCCAACAGUAAUGAUUUUUGAUAAAGUAUUUUUAAAUAUUUAAUGCAGUUGAAGAAUCUUUACAAGACACUCUCUUCUUCAGACACUCAGGAAUGAAGGAGAAAUGGUAUGCUCAUCUUGGUUUUUGUGAUAAUUCCACAGACAUUAUGAAGGCAUUUUCUAAGUACUAUUGUCCAUAGAUACAGACUUGAUAAAACUGAGAGAAAAAAUUCCCUAGUUUAAAAAAAUCAGUUUUCCGAAAGGAGAAAAAUUACUUAUUCUCAAACCUUCUCUAAUAAAAAAUCAAAACCCACCUGUGGUAAUUAAAGGGCUCACACUGUAAGUACUCUUUGCUUUUUAUAAACUUAAUAACUUGUAAAGUGAUUAUUUUCUCCUUCCAGAAAACAACACAUGACAUUCAUGAAGAAAAUCAGAGUAGUGGACCUUUUUGUCCUGAAAGGGUAAAAAGAUGUAUUAAUAUUUCUAUCACAAAAUACUACCAGACUUACUAUCCUGUGUUUAACUAGGCUCAAAAUCAUGGCUCCAAUCUUCUAGCUGCUAUCUGCAACUCAUUCUUAUAUACAGUAUCUGUAUCUAUUGUAUAGUAUAAUAAAAACAGUGAUAGUUCUAUAAUAUAUUACAGUACAUACAACUGCCACAGUUUCAUAACCUCCAUCAAUCUAUCACAGCACUGUGUGUGCUUAUUCUUGUGUUACAAAUGUAAUGGGCUGCUUUUCAUUUUACACCAGAACUCAAGAAAAUUACCAGCUAAGUUAAUGAGUUUUAAUUAUGUUUAAAAAAUGUACAGAAAACUUUAAUUUUCAAUAUGAUUGGCAGAGCAUGUCAUGUUAAGAUUAAUCAAAUAUUGCACUGGGAAAUGUCCAAAACCAACCAGUUUUCAGUUGCCAAACAGUAACAUUGCACAAAAUCUUGAAAAGUCCAAGUCAUUUCCAUUGUUUAUUAUUCUGACUGGGGAAUAUUCUAAAGGAGAUAUUACAAAGAUUUUAAACAUUUAAAAAACUAUUUUUUCUACUUAGUUUUCAAAUCUUUAAGUACAGUAACAUAUUUCCUCUGAAUUUUUCAUGUAGGAAAAUGCAAAACAUUACACAUUUGGAAGAACAACAAAAUGUAUGUGACUUACAUACAUAGAUGGUUUUUAUAUCAUUUAAUUAAAACCAUUAAUUUCAAUACAUUCCAUUACAUAAUAGUCACUGUGGGUACAAGGAAAUAAAUCACAAUUUGACUGUAGGAGACACAGUGCGGUGUAUUGACCUGUAGACACCUUCACAGAUGACAAUCUUUCAGAAGUAGCAUGUCCUGUGUAUCGUAAUAUAUCACAAAAUUCAAGAAUCUAUUUUCAGUUGGCAAUAAUCCAUUGCAUGGGACACUUGUGGCUUUCAUAACCAGACUGUGUCUAAAGGCAUUUUUAUCUAAACAGUUUCCCGAGUUUAAAGUCUCAGGAAUAUCCUAUGUUGACAGUCAUCACAGCUUAGUAAUAUUCAAAUUGUAAUCCACUUCUAUGAAAUCAGUUUUUAUGAAUAUAUAUUUUAGAUACUACAUCUUACUUCGAAACAAUGUGCAGUCCUCUAGAUAGGUGAGGGAGAUGUCCCAGCAUUAGAAAGUGGUUACUGGCACAUACAGUAUGUUUUGUGCUUCUGAAACAGUCUGCCAUGUGUAAUUAAUCUUUUCCUGCCUCCUUAACACAAACAAUCCUAGAGAGUCCAUCAUGAAAAUAAGGCCAUUUCAUCUCUUAAGAGAAAGAGGACUAUAACUGUAUAUAAUGUAUACACUAAUUUCUCUGUAGAAAUAUUAUUCUAAGAUAGCAGGACAAAAAAAAUAUCAGAAAUAUAGGAGUGUUGGAGGUGAGCGUGUGUGUUUGUUGCCUGUCUGUGAAUACUGACUGUGUGCAGUUUAUUAAGUUUAUAACAUGCAGUACAUUAUACGUCUUAAUGAUACUGUAGUUUGUAUCCCAUAUAGAACUUUUCUUUUUUUACUUUCUGCUAACAUGAGUACCCCUCACAAAAAAAUAAAACAGACUACUCUAGUUAUUCAAUGUUUCUUUUUUUUAUACCGCAACAGAACAAAAAACAAACAUGUACAUGAGGCUGUGCCCCACUAGUGUCUUUUUUGAAAAUGAUGUUUAGUGCACAAUACAAUGCUUUAAAUAAUAGACUGGAAUUGUUCAGAAAAUUAAAAAAAAAAACACAAAAUAAAAUAAGUGUAAAUUAUCAAACAUUUUCUUGUACCCUUAUACUGCAUGAGAUCAAUUUUUAAUAAAUUGUCGCAAAAAUCUGUUUUUAUGAAUAAAAUACUGAAAAAUGCAUUGGAUUUUAUUUAUUUGUACUUCCUUUCACCCCCCCAUCAUUUACUGAUCAUUUCAGCAUUUAUAAAGGUAUGGCAACCUUAAAAACUAGGCUUACUUACAAAUGGGGCGGAGUGGUGGCUCUGUGGCUAAGGAUCUGCGCCUGUGGCUGGA